GGGUCUGAGCCUAGCCUUGGCCUCUUGGGUCUCUCACUUCCCACUCUCUCUUUCUAAGGUGCUUUCCUCAUCCCUUACCUGAUGAUGCUGGCGCUGGCUGGGUUGCCCAUCUUCUUCCUAGAGGUGUCACUGGGCCAGUUUGCCAGCCAGGGGCCCGUGUCUGUGUGGAAGGCCAUCCCAGCCCUGCAAGGUUGUGGCAUCGCAAUGCUAAUCAUCUCCGUCCUAAUAGCCAUAUACUACAAUGUGAUUAUCUGCUACACACUUUUCUACCUGUUUGCCUCCUUUGUGUCUGUGCUGCCCUGGGGCUCCUGCAACAACCCUUGGAACACGCCAGAAUGCAAAGAUAAAACCAAACUCUUACUAGAUUCUUGUGUCAUCAGUGACCAUCCCAAAAUACAAAUCAAGAAUUCGACUUUCUGCAUGACAGCCUAUCCCAACUUGACAAUGGUUAACUUCACCAGCCAGGCCAAUAAGACGUUUGUCAGUGGGAGUGAAGAGUAUUUCAAGUACUUUGUGUUGAAGAUUUCUGCAGGGAUUGAAUAUCCUGGGGAGAUCAGGUGGCCACUAGCCUUCUGCCUCUUCCUGGCUUGGGUAAUUGUGUAUGCGUCCCUGGCAAAAGGAAUCAAGACUUCAGGAAAAGUGGUGUACUUCACGGCCACAUUCCCCUAUGUCGUGCUCGUGAUCCUCCUCAUCCGAGGAGUCACCCUGCCUGGAGCUGGUGCUGGGAUUUGGUACUUCAUCACUCCUAAGUGGGAGAAACUCACAGACGCCACGGUGUGGAAAGAUGCUGCCACUCAGAUUUUCUUCUCUUUAUCUGCUGCAUGGGGAGGUCUGAUCACUCUCUCUUCUUACAACAAAUUCCACAACAACUGUUACAGGGACACUCUGAUUGUGACCUGCACCAACAGUGCCACGAGCAUCUUUGCUGGCUUCGUCAUCUUCUCAGUGAUUGGCUUCAUGGCCAACGAGCGCAAGGUCAACAUUGAGAACGUAGCGGACCAAGGGCCAGGCAUCGCAUUUGUGGUUUAUCCUGAAGCCUUAACUAGGCUGCCCCUCUCUCCAUUCUGGGCCAUCAUCUUCUUCCUGAUGCUCCUCACUCUUGGACUUGACACUAUGUUUGCCACCAUCGAGACCAUAGUGACCUCCAUCUCGGAUGAGUUCCCCAAGUAUCUGCGCACGCACAAGCCGGUCUUCACCCUGGGCUGCUGCGUCUGCUUCUUCAUUAUGGGCUUUCCGAUGAUCACUCAGGGUGGAAUUUACAUGUUUCAGCUUGUGGACACAUAUGCUGCCUCCUAUGCCCUUGUCAUCAUUGCCAUUUUUGAGCUCGUGGGGAUCUCCUAUGUGUAUGGCUUGCAGAGAUUCUGUGAAGAUAUAGAGAUGAUGAUUGGAUUUCAGCCAAACAUUUUCUGGAAAGUCUGCUGGGCAUUUGUAACCCCAACCAUUUUAACUUUUAUCCUUUGUUUCAGCUUUUACCAGUGGGAGCCCAUGACCUAUGGCUCUUACCGCUACCCUAACUGGUCCAUGGUGCUUGGAUGGCUGAUGCUCGCCUGUUCUGUUAUCUGGAUCCCAAUUAUGUUUGUGAUAAAAAUGCAUCUGGCCCCUGGCAGAUUUAUUGAGAGGCUGAAGUUGGUGUGCUCACCACAGCCGGACUGGGGCCCAUUCUUAGCUCAGCACCGUGGGGAGCGUUACAAGAACAUGGUCGACCCCUUGGGAACCUCCUCCCUGGGACUCAAACUGCCAGUGAAGGAUGUGGAACUGGGUACCCAGUGCUAGUCUGAUGGCGUGGGAUUGCCCAGACUUGAUCCUGUUUUUCCUGUCUCCCCCUAAUGUUCUCUCCCCUGCUUUUUUCCCAUGUUUCUUCUUUGUUCUUCCCACAUCUUGGUUUGUAUCCAUGCAUGAGAGUGGUUAUAUAGAAAAGUAGGGCAUAGUGUCGCAUGCCGUAGUGAAGAGCUAGACAGACCACUUGAGGGGCCGUGUGCCUGUGUCCACCGUGUCAGUUCCCAGCAGGGUUGAUGCCUUGAGCAAGUGCUUCACCCCGCAGGAGCACUCUGCAGGGAGUCAUGGGUAAGAAUGUGACUUGGUCUGUAGAGAAGUACCCACUGUGUGCUGUCCUCCAUGGAGCCAGGGAGACAUAUACAGGAUAGCAGAGUUCUGAGACUGUUAAUUUGGGCUCAUCAGUGUAUAGAGCUGAGCCGAGCAAUGUAGUGAUUUCAUUCAGAUACAGAAAGUUCAAGACAGGGUACAUUUGGAGGGGCCGCAGUGGUCAGAAAGUGUUUCAGAGUAAGACAAGGCCAGUGGAUUCAGACCCUGGAGCAGUCAAGUUCAUCUUUCCAUUCAUGAUUGUGGAUCUGUUUCCUUCAUUUGGACCAACUGUGUCAAGUGUGCCACGGACUCAGAUAUUUUCCUCUGUACACUUUGAUUCUCAGUGAAGAGUCAGUUCUCUCACUUCAGUUAUCUUUUUUUGCUUUGAACAACAUCUUUAUCAGUUCUUUUUGGCAUUUGCUUCACCUCUGCCCAAGGAGCCAUCAUAGAGUUUGUGCUUAAUUUUAUAUGUUCACAGUAGAGCUCCCUUCUAGUUUCUAAGCGACUUUUAGCUUUGUGAUUCAACGUCAUCAUCCGGCUUUCUUCUCUUCUCAAUGUCUUUCUGUAAGUUGCAGAUAUCUUGUCUUUCAACCUCUGGGAAAAUAAGAAUUACCCUGGUUCUGUCUAUAUACUAUAUUUAUAAGAUACAAACUCUUUAAAGACAGAUAACUUCCCAAUUUUUACUCUUAAUUUUUUCAUUUACAGUAAAUACCAAUUGUGGCCAUUAAAGAAAUGGAGAGUUUAAUAGAAAGCAACCAUAAUAUUUACUGUGCUGGUAGUACAUUUUAGGUCACUGUAUUUACAGAAAUUUCCGAUAAAGAUAGCUUAGGUAAGUAGCAAGUGAGCCAAUUAAGACUAUAGCUUUUAAAAGUACAUUUAGCCAAUUCAAUUUUAAGAGUUCCCAAUUCACAAUACUCAUAACUGCACUCUAAUGAGAACAAAUCAUAUGUCUGCAAAGAUUGGCAAAGCUUCUUUAAAGACAGAUAACUUCUUCUUCUUGUAUCCUGAACAUGCAUAUAUGAAACUUUAAAGAUGUGAUACGUGUUCAUGUAGUGUGUACUUGUAGUGGUGUUUUCUGUCCUUAUAAAUAUCUUAUGAAUCACUGUAGAGAUGAUGAGUUUAGAAUAGUGUUAGUCUGUUUUUUUUCUCUUACAGUAACAGUAUCUAAGCCUCAAUUGUUUCCUUUAGGGGAGACCAUUUCAAUCAUUUCCUUAUUUAUCUUCACAUUUCAGGGUCUCAGGCAAAGUUUUCAGUUCAAAUCUUGUAUAUUGAUGUGACAUUUUUAUCUUGUUCAUCAGCAGUGGAACCCAACAACAGACCUUAAUGUAACAUUAAAAAAUAAUACGACUUCAUUUGUUAAAAAAGUCUUAACUCAUUUUCCUGAGCACUCCCUUUUCUAGGGCAAAUUUCAUUGUCAUUUGCCAACACUGACGUGAACUUCUGAUUUUCUGGAACUGCCUUUGGAAACUUUUAGAAAAGGAAACAAAGAUGGGUUUGAAUUUUAGGUUUUCAUCUCUAUGUCUGCAGCGUAUGUUUGUUCUUCCCCCUCCUUGUUCUCCUUUUCUAUCUCCCAAAGCUAGAACUUACUAGAACUGUCACAGAGACUAAAUCCUGCAUUUCCCCUAGACUUAGCCUUAGGAAGACUGAGCUGUGGCCUCACAUGUCCCAGUGUUUCCCAUAGUGACCUGUGUGUCACUAACACUGGUCCUGAAAGCCGUAUUGCUGAGAAGCCCCCAUGACCAGCAGAUUUCACAUAGUGGUACCAAAACUUAGCCUCUUCAGUUGAGAACUGGUGGAAUGGAAGAGGCAGAGAGGAAUCAUUUAGGUUUGGAAUAAUCUGUAGCCUUUCCCAUUUGAAAGCUGAAGAAAAUAGCUGAAAUCAAUUAGCAUUCUCUCAUGGGACUGGCAUGUCUGUGUCACGACGAAUGGAUUUUGGCUUGCCUCUCUUGCCUCUUGGCUAAAACUCGAGUCUGAUGCUGCAUGCCAACCCAGUUUCUGCUAAUUAUUGCUGUUGUGAUUAGAAGAAGGGAGAGAAUCCACGGCUGCGGCCAAGUUUGUUUUGUACAAACCGAAAGUUAACUAGCGACAUUGGGGACCUCCUCACCAGCCACAUUCUGCAGUGUGUAAAGCAGUUGGUGGGCAGCUACAUUUGUGUUAAUUAGGAUUUGUCCAAGUUAAGGCAACUCAGUAGCUGUUCCCCGAACAGCUGUGGUGUUCUUCCCCUUCCUACAGUUUCCAAGCUUUACGUGAAAUUUGCUUCCAGGUGAAAGGGUCCAAACUUAACUGGAAACGGUUAUCUUGUGAACUUAGUUUUGCCCAUUUCUAGAGCCAUGUUCAACUGUGAGGCUUCAUAUGUGCUCAGUGUCUAAGCUGAUUCCAGUUAUCACACAUCAACCUUUGCUGUACCUUCCGUAGACUUGGCUGGGAUGCCAAGAGCUGAGAUGCAUAUGACUAGAAGGAUGUUUCCAUGCUAUUAAAAUGCACGAUCAAUUGGAAGGAAGAAAAAAAAAGAAGGAAUAAAAAAAAGAUGAACAGCAUUGUCAUAAACUGCCACUUGAGAGUUCCCCGACAACUGAGGAACGAACUGUGUUGCCAGAGAGAGACUUUUAUUGGUUCACUAUGCAGAACAGUGGGGUUUUUUCCACUCAUGAGGUUAUUUCCUAACACCAAUAAAUGCCAGAAACCCAUUCAGAGAAAAAAAAAAGCCAUAUGUUAAAAACAGUAACCCUGUAAUAUCCUUAAGGAGAAAAAAAAUGUAUAUUUCUUAACUAUUGGUGGUGUGGCUUCUUAUGCAAAGUUGUCUUGCAUAUUAGUAAUUUUUAAAUCUCUUUAGGGCUGUGUGUCAUGUAAAAAUGUGUCUAACCUGGUGUUUUUUGGUUCAUUUCUUUCCUUUAUGUUUACGUACUGCAUGAAAUCUGUGGUCAAUGCAAAAUCUUGAGGACCUCAAUGUCUUUGAAAUUCCCAAUGUGUUUUUAAUAUGUAAAAGAUGCCAUCAACCUGCAUUUCAGUGAGCUGCACUUUAAAGAAUUUAACACAAUGACCCUUAAACAGAUAAGACUUGGGUUGUCUUUAUGCUAAUAUUGCACUGGAGUUGAGUUUCCCUAUAAGUUCUUCCUCUGUUAUGUACGGGCGCCUCAGUGCUUCCUGACAACCUUCACCUGUCAGUCAGCAAGGCUUUCCCAUGCCUCAGCUAAGAUUUUUCUUUCCUCUUUGUUCCCUUGCUCAUCAUCGGUCAUCAUCCUCUUCCCAGAGACUUGCACAAUAACUAUUGCUUGCUGUACGUGUAAUGACGAGAUCAUACUGAUGCUUGUCCCUCCUGGGUUUGGGUUUGUGACACGCUGCUUGGGGGCGGUGACUCUAGUGAAGGCACGCUGUGUGGCAGGCUGUCUUGUGGGGACAAAGGCCAAAGCCAGCGAAUGAGCAUUUCCUCUGUUUUAUGCUGGAUAUUUGGCGGAAAACUUCCAGGCGAGGAGCAAAGCUUUGGGUAAUUUAAUCUUGAUAAUAAUCUCUCUGCAAGUGGCCCUAGGAUUUGUAAAAGUGAAGCUUCCUAUCUUUCUCUUAUUUUGCUCUGACUGUACAGAAAGGCCAAGUAAUUUUGAAUUGUGGUCUCUGCUUGGGUCACCUCCAAGCAGCCUGCAGCCAAAGAGGAAAGUGUUUUCAGAUUGGGCAUUCAUCACCUCUGAAAAGCAAGCAGUGGUUUGAUUUGCCUGCCAUGGAUUAAAUACAUCUUCAGGUAACCAUUUGCCUUAAAGGUGUAUUUUAUUGUUAGGGUGAUACUUAGUAAUUGAUAGGAACUGUUUUUCAUUUUUGGGGGUCAUUUUUUGCACUUUAUUAUGGACCUAUCAUGGAUAGGUUUAUUCUCAAAUUGCAUACUUGGCUAAUGUCCUAAAUGCAGACAUCUUAUGUGGUACUGUUGCCUGUGAAUAAAGAUAUGUUCCCUAAUCAGGUCCUUAUAUUUUUUCAUUAACUGUACAUGAAGAAAAUAUAUUAUGUUACAAAUGAUACAUCAUAUAUGUAUCUUAGAGAGUACAUAUUGUAUACUGUGCAUUACUCAUUUAAAAAGUCAUUAUUCUUGAGGCCCUACCUCAAAUUUUGUAUUUAUGUGUACAAACGCAAUUUAUUGUAUUAUAUAUUUGCCUAUUAUAUACUGAAAUAAAUAAAAUAGAUUUUAUCCUAAGAGUGUAUGAGUUCACAAAACCCUAAAUAAA